AGUGGAGUUCAGCAGGGCUCACAGACGGAGCCUCCAACACUUUGUAAAUAUGUGGUCAGUUUAAGUUUCAGGACGUUUUCUAACCUCCUCAAGUCUUUGUCAGCAACAGUGGAGACGAUGAGGACAGGACUCUUCUGAUCACAGUUUGACGUUUGAGUUGUUGAUGUUGGAUUGUAAAUGUGAACUGAAUCAGUGUUCUUCUGCAAGUUUCCAAAAAUCAAUCCUUGAUUUCAUUUCCUUUAGGAGUUCCUGAAGUUAAAACUCAACAAGUUCUUUGAUCUCUUUCUUUGUAAUGUCAUGGUGUGGCGUCCACUGUGGGAGAAGACACUCGUCUGUCUCCUCCUUGACCACUUCCACAUAUUUUCUUUUAACUUUUAUCCAGUUAUCCUGUUAAAAUGUGGUGAAGGUUCAUUUUCUGUGUUUCAAACAGUCCUUGUGUUUUGGUUCAGCCCAGCCGGUCCUGAUUGGACCAGUCUGGUCUCAGCUGGACUGAUUGAAGGAGAGUCUGACUGAGAGUCUGAGUCUGUCAGUCUGCUGACAGGCUGGAAGUGAAGCUCUUUUUAACACUGAUGGACAAAUGAAGCUUUCUGAAGCUCUGAUGCUGGAUGGAAGCUUUUCUACACCGUCCUCUUUGGCGCCACCUGGUGGCCAAAAAUCUGAAGAGCAGCUUGAAUGAACUGCUCCAUGAUGGUUCCCAGAGUUCAGUUCACUGCUUCAGAAAGCAGAUUAAAUCCUCUGCUCUCAGAAUGGAAGGUCACUCAAGGUCAUCUGACUUUAAACCAAUAAAAACACACGACUCAAACCCAAACACAGCAUUUAACAAAUAUAGUUUCUUAAAAAGUCUGCAGCUCAUUAAUAUUCUUUGAGUCCAGAAGUUCAGAGAAAGAUUAAAUAAAUGUAGCUCAUUUGCCUCAGUGGAAUAUUGACAUUUUCUGAAAUCUUUUAUUUUCUCUAAACACCAUUAACACAGUAAAGCAAAAUUUCCCCACAAAAUUAAAAGAUUGCAUGUAAAGUAAACUCUGUGCAAUGGAAUUAUUAUCGGAAACAUUUUGAACAUCGACACAUUUCUGAGGUUGAUUUCACACAUUUUUGACACUUCAUUAAAGGAGAAUUCCAUUUUUUUUUGUUCUAUUUUAAAGAGUUGUGAGUUCCUGCAAAGAUCAGCCAGAAAAUAAACAAUGAGAGGUUUUGAGUUCCUGAAAUCGACGGCGCUUCCCUUUAACUGUCAGUGGCAGAAAGGUGGAGGAACAUGAGACUCUGGUGAAUCAACACAACAAUACAUUCCUUUAGUGGAGUCAGCAGAUUAACAUUCAGCUAAAGACGGAAUUUGGAGUUGAGCAGCAGAUCAGAACUUAUAAAACUCUUUAAAAAUCAACGUUUCCAAAACUUUUAUCUGCAGCCAAUAUUCUUAACCUCGUCCUUUUAAACAUCACUUCAAUACAACAACUCGGCUAAAAUAGAUGAAUUAAAUCUGAAAUGGUGCACAACCGUAAACAUUUAAAUUAAAGAUGCUACAAUUUUGAUGAUAUUUUAAUGAUUUUAAAGUUUAACUCAUAUUUUAAUCCCUGGUUCAAACUCCUCUAAUAUCUUAAUUUAUAAUGAACAACAAAGGCAGAUUUUGUCUGAACUUUGUGAUUAAUUCAGAAAUUCUUAAAGGAAAAUGUAUUUUACAGAUAAAGAGGUGUAGUCACAAAUUAAACAAGUCAUAAAAAACUAAUCCUGACUAUCCAGCCUCCUUUUGUCUAAAAUACAUCAAUUUAAACAGGAAAUGUUUUUAUCUGACAGUGUUUGUUCAUUUUUUCUGAACUCAAUCUGUGGCGAUCACAGUAAAUUCUUUAAAUGAGAAAACUGAACUGAAGGCUGGAAGAGACUAAAGAGCUUUGCUUUCAUAACCUCUGAGAUUUACGUGCUCACAGCUUUUCUAGAGAUGUCUGGAGCAGAAAGCAGUUUGAUACUCCAGGAACUUUGUAUCUGUGAUGGGUGUGUUUGAAUAAUGGCGUCCAUUAGAGAGACAAGACUUUGUUUAGUUUGCCUCCAAGCUGCCUCCAAGUUUCGACUGUGGUUCCCAUCAGGCUUUGAGACCUGGUCACAUGAAGAAACUACCUCUGCUUGCGUGUAGAUAAGCUCGUCAGUUCAAACAAAAAGGCAAACAUGAAGCUCCAGACAGAUUCUCCACCUCCAGCCUCUCAGUCAUCAGAACCACACAAUCUGUUUCUGCGAUCACAGCCCGUCCUCCAGUCUCCCCACCAGGGGGCGCAGUGCGCGGCUGCACAGCCCAGCCAGCGGAGGCUCCUGGAGGCGGCCGGGCUGCACAGCUCACGACGCGGGGAGCAACCGCAGCCGCGCUGUCGGUGGGGGCUUCACCUCACGGAGACCAGCCGGGCUCUGCUCCUGGCUGUCCCCCGGUGGUUAAAUCAAAUCAAAUCAAAUCAAAUUUGAUUUCAUAUAGCACUUUUCAUAUUUAUAAAAAUAACGCAAAGUGCUGAACAUUAAAAACACAUAAAAACCAGAAGAAUUUUUAAAAAACCGCGCCAACAAACAUUAUGCACCACCAGGGCUGGCUCCCGGCAUAGGCGAACUCGGCGGCCGCCUAAGGCGCCACGUCCUGGGGGGGGGCGCUGUGGCCGUACAAGGGGCGUCCCGACACUUGUGUUCCGUGUCCCCCCCCCCCGCUCGACAACUCUCGGAGGUGCGCCCGUCUCGGGCUCGCCCAGGGCCGGCCCUGUGCACCACACGCGCGCGCGCGCACGCACGCACACACUCUCCCAUUAUGUUUCACCGUGCUCUCGCAGGCAGCGGAGCACGCGCUUCAGGUCAUCAAUGUGAUCCUGGAAAGUUUUGGAAAAGCAAAGCACAUCAUCCAAAUAUGGAGAGCAGCAUUCAUCUCUUAGAUCUUUAAGAACCCCUUCCAUGCACCUUUGAAAUGCAGCUGGGGCAUUGGUAAGAUCAAAUGGGAGGCAGACCCAUUCGUACAAGCCCCAAGGAGUCGUAAAUGCAGUCAGGUGUCUCGAGCUCUCUUCAACAAAACCCUGGUGGUAUGCACUGCCUUGGUCAAGUAGUGAGAACCAUGAAUAACCCCCCAAGUUGUCAAGCAAAUCUCGAAUACGUGGUAGGGGAUGGCGGUCAGCAAUGGUUUUACGGUUCAGUCCCCGAAAGUCAAUACAUAGGCGUAAACUCUGGUCCUUCUUUCUUACACAGACUACUGGGGAUGAGUACGGUGAAGAGGACUUUCUGAUCCAGUCAUUGUCAAGGAGACUCUGAACAUAUUCUUUUACCUCCGUAUACAGGGGUUUAGGAAUUGCAUUGUAGGAUGUUUGGACAGGUGUUUCUUCUUUAAGAUGAAUUUUCAGCUGCAAGUUUGGGAUGCAACCGAUAUCAGCAUCAUGCUUAGCAAAGACUUCAGACUCCUCAUAUAACAUCUCCUUCACUCGUUUUUGUUCAUUCUCCCCCAAAUGAGACAAAUCAACGGGGGGAUUCCACUUCUGGUAUGUCUCUUCUUUUGUCUCACUGUCGUCUGCUGUUUGCUGAGCUGUGCAUGAGCUAACGGAUGUCUGAGGGGUUGUCUGUGAAUCUUGUGGGGAACACUGAACUGGCUUCACCUCUGCGAUUUCCUCUAAAGGUCCCAAAAGUGUUCUUUUGGCAAGGUAAAUGUCAUGUUGAGUGGCAUUCUGAAUGGGGAUUUUUACAAUCUUUGUCAGCCCACUGGGGAUCUCAAUUACAGCUGGGAAAAGUUCAAGGCCGUGAGAGCACUUAUUUUCAAUACUUGGCUGGAAAAGCAUUGAUCCCCCUCUCGGCCAUUCCCUGACUCUGCGCUUGACUUCACCAAUCUGUCCUGCUGGAAUAAAGACACCUUUCUUGCCAGAUCUCACAGUGCAAUGAGUUGUCUCAUCAGAGGUGGAAAACUGGAGAGCAGAAACUAAAGCAUCAACUGCACUGUCUGUCACACUCAAAGCCUCUUUCAGUAACGCGGUCAGAUCAGUUCCAUGCCUCUCAUCCGUAUGUGUUCUCAGGACUUCAGCUAUUACAUUACUGCCUAAAAGAGGACAACUAAGGCUGUCAUGGCUGAUUAAAACUGGCACCUGCAGGGUAACAUGACCAUGGUUCACACUCUGUAUCUUGAGUUCAACAUCAGCCCAGCCAUCGAAUGGAACAUUAGUGCCGUUAGCUGCAGCAAUUUCGAGGUGUUGAUCAGAGAGGAGGGACUUAAGAGGCUGAAUCUGAAUUUCAGGUAGGGCUCUUUCCAUCCAUGCUCUCCCUAUCAUGGUCACUUGGGCACCUGAGUCAAGCAGCAUUUGAAGUGGCACUCCACUGAUGGCACAUGACACCAUACAUCUCUUGCCAAUAAGCUGUGUAAGAUGCUUUCUGGGAGAGGGUUGACAGGCUCUAGUGGGUUUAACAGGACUGCUGGCGGUUGUGCUGUGAAGAGCUGUCGGGGCAUCCUCUGUCAUCCUGGUCACUGGCAGCCCCUCUCCGGUGACUUUACCACAUUUCCCGACAACCUCUUUUGCAGGCAGCCAACAGCGCGAUGGCCAGCUUGGCCACAUGCGAAACAAUGUGGACAGUGGAGUUGGCCCUGUUGCACACAGUUAUUGCAUCUUCCUCUGGUGUUUGGUGGAGCUGCUGAAGGGUGAGUUUUGGGUGGACAGGGGUUAUCAGGUGCAGCUUUGUCAGUAGUUUUCACCACCUGGGACAGCUGUUUGGUCAGGGAAGACACCUGUGCAGUCAGUUCUUUAAUCGCAUCACGGUUGGCCUGUAAUUCAAUGUCAACUUUAUCCUGCUUUGAGUCAGUACUGUCAAGCUGAGCCACAGUCACUGGUCGAGUCUUUGAUGCAGAACCAAAACGUCUCAGUCUCUCUGCCUCUUCACUUGUGGAUUUUGUGAUCUGUUCCAACAGAAAAUCAUCACUAAUUUGCAAAUCACUGAGAAAAGGUUUCAGAUCAUGCCUGACAUAACUGUUUCUCUCAUUCAAACCUUGAUAGAGCGUGUGGAGAAAUGUGCCCUGUACAAGUUUCUUGUCAUAGCUAAAUUCUGCACCAGGUUGUUGCGACUCAAAAAGAACCCGCUGUUUAAGUCCCAUUACUCUGUACAGAAAUUGCUGUGCACUCUCUUUCUCUUGUUGCUUUGCAUUGCUUAACUCUUGAAACAGCUCUGUACUGUUUUUAUCUCUGAUAUGAGAGCGCAGAAACCUCUUAAGCUCAUCAAUGUUUAAGCCACGAUUUGAUGUGUGUUUCCCAGGCCACGGCUCGUUUAUUCUGAGCUACAAAUGUAAUCAACCUUCACAAUCAUAGUCCAAGUUCUUAUAACAACAAAAAAAAAACGACUUCCUCCAAUAAAAUAAUGCAAAAUAAAGUAGCAGAAAGUGCAACAACUUCAUCAACAGAUCCUUUAGAAAAGCAAAAAAACAGUUGAUCUCAAAUAAAUUAAAAUCAUUACAUAAAAAUAAUACAUUGCUUCACAGAAUCAUCAAAUGAAAACUACCUGCAGACCCUCUGUUAGUCUUGCAUGUAUGGCAGGACACACUUAAUGAUGGAAGGAAACAAAAUGGCAACGCGCACAAGGAAAACGCGGGGGAAAACACUCAACAAAACCAUUCUUCUGACUGAACAUGAAUAUUUAUACAGGAUAUCAAACAUAUAUAUCGCAAUUUCAUUAAUCUGUCACUUUAUACACAAAGAUCAUGGUUCAUCCGAUAUCUUUGAAGAUGCACCAGCACCCAGUUCACACAGACUAAACUUAACCAAAAGACAGGUAAUCAUGCAUCUCAUUACAUCUCAUCUAACAUCACAAACUUACUCAUAACAUAUUUACAUUUCGGAUUUCACCUGUUUUAAGGUGGAAAAAGUGUGUUUGAUCGUACCUGUGGAGCACAGAGAGGAGACGAUUUGAUGUGUGUUUCCCAGGCCACGGCUCCUUUAUUCUGAGCUGGCGCAUGCCCGGUGCUCACCACAGCCUCUCUGCUGGCCCCACGAUGGUGACAGAGUGCCAUCUACUGGUACGGAAUUGUAUACUCAGGACAGAUUAAUCAGAAGUUGAUAAAGAAUGAUCAAGUUCCUGUCAUAUAAAAAAAUCAGGGGGGGGGGGGGGGGGGUUAUUUCAAUAAAACUUGAUGUAGUUUUUUCCAACUGACUACACUCGCAGGCGUAUCCUUCUACACUGGAAGUAGGCUAACCCCCCCAUCAGAACAAUCCUGGCAGACUGACCUAAUGUCAUUUCUUAAAUUGGAGAAAGUCAAAUUCUCACUUUGAUGGUCGACUGAUAAGUUCUAUACUACAUGGCAGCCUCUUAUCUCAUUUUUUGAUAAUGUAACUGCAACCUCUAUGGUAUAGGAAUGAACAAUGUACUCUGUUGUUUUCUUUUCUAUGUACUUUAACCUCAAGAUGAAUGUUAAAAUUACAAUGAUUGUUCAGACACUCUGUUCUUAAAAAUGUAAAACCUGUGUUGGGGAGGGGGGAGAGGGGGUUGCUUGUCACGAUUGUUUGUUUGAUUUUUAGUUUAUUUGUUGUUAAAAAGAAAAACACUCAUAUGUGUAAUUGACAUGCAAAUGAUAAGAAAUAUUUCAACAAAAUAAAUUAAAAUAAAUUAAAAAAGAAAUAAUGUCCUGUUUAGAGCUGAUGAAGUUGGCACGUGAUCAAAGUUUACAGUUUAAAGAAGUUUUCAGUGUUACUGUGUUCAGUCUGGAAAAAGUGGACUUCUCAGUGUUUUCUUUGUUCUGACAAUCACACAGACUGAGCACUCUGGUUUAAAUGUUACAAGCUGAGUAAAUAAACUGAACUUUAAUAGUUUCAGAUUGUUGCAGAUGGAUCUCAGCUCCUGUCAUUCGAUAAUCAGGUGAUUGAUUGCAGAAUGCUGGUGACAGCAACUCAUACAGUGGUUUGUACAGAUCAAUAAAUCAAUAUUCUCAGAGGUCUGCAGUCAUGAUGCUCCACCAGCCUCCACUGAAUGUUUAAUCAGAUUCAAUGAACUGCAUUUCAGCAGUUUAGUCAUAUUUCUAUUUGUUUUAGUUGAAGUGAGUAAAAGUAAUGCAAUAGUGUAAUGUAUUAUAAUUCACAGACAGUAAUAUUUUAAUGCUCCUAAUUACUUUCAAAUGAGAGUAACUAAUAUAUUUUGGAAGUAACCUGCUCAACACUGACUGUUACCAGAGGAAACUUCGAACACCAAAUAAAUGUUGAGACUUUAUAUUUAAACUCCACGUUCACUUUAAAGUUCUGAUUAACGUCAUCAAACAGGUUUCAAACAGGUUUUAAAGUCAAGAAUUUCCUCCUCUGGGUGUGUCAGAGGAGAAAACACUUUGUCUUGUUAGAUCUGAGCGACGGACUGAGAGGAACACAGAGCAGCUUCUUCUCUCCUCCAGUUUCCUCACAUGGAAAAGAGUCUGAAGAAGAUGUGAAGAGAGUUCAGUGGGUGGGGCUUCAGCCUUCCUUCACUCUGAUUGGCUCAUGUUGGUGUCAGUCUGCAAUGUACAGAACAAGUGACUCCUUACAGACAUGCACACACAGGCUUGCUCACAGUGUGAUCAGGUGGCACUCCUCUCUGCACUGAGACCUCUGGACACUCACUUUGUGUAGAAAUGGACUAGAUAUUAAUCUUCCUGGUGAUUUCCUGCUGGAAUCAGGAGUUGGAGGCUUGUGGACGUUCAGAGUUUGUGUUGGAGUGAAGUUUGACAUCAGAGUCAGAAUUCACUGAUUGUCACUGUGAACAAAGCUCAAUGGAAUCUGAAACAGAAGCAGCGCUUGGAAACAGUGCAACAUGAAAAAAGAGAAAACAGUGAAGACAAAGAUUUAGAGAUUGUACAAAGGUCAAAAUAAAAGGGGGAGGAGGGAGUUAGUUUAUUUACAAGGUAAAAAUAGAAACAACAUUACAAAUGCAAAAAAUAGUUGCCUAUAAUCAUUCUAUAAUGUUGCACUUGAGUUCUACGCCGUGAUAUGCUUAGCCCGCCUACGGACUUCGCUAUUGGUACUCCUCUUGGCGUCAGCCAAUCCAUUGAGACAAAACUGAAACCUGCGCACCAAUCCUGGCCUUGUGUUGGCACAGCACCACGCCCCUCCUUGAGGGCAUAUUACCAAGUGCUCGACGGCGAGAUCUCCCUUCUUCUGACUCAGCCCUUGAGACUUACAGAAGCCUUCAAGACCUUCGCGAUCAAGAUUUCAAGUUUCAAGAUCGAGCUGGACAAGCCAGCCCGCGACGGAUAGCCAUCGGGUGUCGGGCCCUUCACCUGCCGCUCCUGCGACGCCGUUCUCCAGGAGAACGAUCACCACAAGUGCUGCUUCAUGUGCCUCGGCUGGCAGCAUCACCGUCAGCGGUCUUCCUGUCCUGCCUGCCUUGCCCUGCCGCUCGGGGAGUCACAGCGGCUAGCAGCUUUUAUGGACGCCGCGUCCCCGGUUUCCGGGAAUGACGCCGCCGCCAAAAACGUUCCUGCUCCCACUCCGUACAACUGGGCCGAGACCGGAAGCAUCAGCAGCAGCAGCAGCCUCUCGGUGUCGGGGAGAUCAACCCAGCAGGACUCCCUCUCCACUUUCUCCCAGGCCAGCCACCAGAGCACCUGCCAUUGGAGUGCCAUAGAGGACUCCGUGAGACUCUGCCUCCUCCUGAAGUCCUUCGCCUGGCCCAGCGGGAAGCCAUUGCUGACGUCAGAAAGGGAUAGGUGCAUGGCGGGCUUCCUGGACAGAGCUUAUGCUAGCGGCAAUCAAUCGUUUGUCCUAGCGAACAACAUGAGGUUUCUACUGGGCUCCAUCGACAAGAUCUGCCAUGAGAAGUCCCAGUUAUCUCCCGAAUACAUCGAGGAGAUCCAGAAUGCAGCUGAAGCCCUGAUGCGGAUGUGCUGCACCUCCCCCAUCAACGGAGGCCGCGUCAUGGCCAAUGCACAGGUUGCCAUGAGGCACCUGAGGCUUGGUCUCUAAACACUCUCUGAGCGGGAUCAGCGGGGAGUCCUGGGGCUCCCCUUGUCCACCUCUUCUCUCUUCAGUCCAGACAUCCAGGCUAUCAUCGAGCGCCUGGAGGCAGCAGCACGAGGCCCCCAGCAGCUCACGCCGCACCUGCAGCCCCGCUGUGAGACCCCGCAGCGACGGCGUCCAGCGAAGCAGCGCAGACCAUUAUGGGUGGCUGUUUGUGCCAUACAUCGCCUGGUACAAAACGCCAUUAAGAACGGCGCUUUUAACGCCGAGCGCCGCCAGGUGCUUUUAUUUUGAAACGCCUUCCGGCGUCUCAAACGCAGAGCACCGCCAGGUGUUUUUGGAUGCCUAGUGCUGCCACCUGCUCCAUAAGAUGCUAAUAUUCUCCUCCCCUGAAGUUUGACCAGCCAGUAAAAGGUAUCGUUGUGCAGUCUAUUGACAUAACAUGGUCCGACCCAUUAAACCUCUCUGACAAGUAUUCUGUUGUUAUGUUUCACUCUGUUUACAGUUCAUAAACGCUGAAAUUGCAAAUUGCUUGCCAUUUUACACCCCAUUCUCACAGCACAAUAAGUUCAGCUCUAAAGUGAAGUGUUACGUUUUCUAACUCUCUCAACAGAAAUGAAUAUGCAGUUUCAUAUGAGCUGCUGCACAAAAACAUUUCAUUGCUCACUUCAUACAAACAGACAUGCAAACAUGGCAUGCAAAACACUACACACCUUCACAACUUCAUGCAGCCUAUUUAAAAAUUGUUAUGAAAGUGAGCACAUAAGCAAUGAAUGCGUGACUCAUGCAUCCCGCAAUCCCUCCUCCUGCAAAUGAAGGUUCAUUAUGACACUGCACAGAAUGUCAACGCUAUACAACAGGCAUGCAAACAUGGAAAACACCACACACCUUCACAAAUUAAAGGUUGUGUAGAAGAUCUUUAUUACUAACAAAAAUGAAUUAAAGCUAAAAAAUGGCGUUAUUAAGCUGUAGCAGCCUUGUUUUUAUCGUGAUCAAAAAAAAAGAAAAUAAAGAUUAAUCAACUCUGGAGGUUGUAAAACCAACAUUACUUUAGCCAAUCAAUAACGAGGUAGCCUCGUUAUCUAUUGGUUUUCUAACGUGUCAAUCAACCUCUCGACAUUUGUAGCGUAACUCUCAUGCUCUUACGCCGUUUUCAUACCCCCCUCCCCCACACGCUCCACCUAUGCUAGGCUCUGCUGCCGCUAUCAACACCUUUUCACUUGUAGACUUGAGACAAUUUUCUUAAUCAUAACUGCAAUGUGCUUGCAAUUUGGGAAAAAUGUAUAUUUUAAUAUUUAAACAAGAUUUGUAUGAAAAAGCCCGGAGAGUGAGAGGAGGAGGGUGGGCUUGUCUAUACAAAUAGGCAUGCAAACAUGAAAAACACUACACACCUUCACAACUUAAUGCAGCGUAUUUACAAAUUGUUAUCAAAAAGUGAGCACAAAAAAAAUAGUGAGUCAUGCAUCCCACUUUAAAAGCACCUGGCGGCGCUCGGCGUUUGCGACGCCGGAAGGCGUUUCAAAAUAAAAGCGCCUGGCGGCGCUAGGUGUUAAAAGCGAAGUUCUUAACGGCGUUUUGUACCAGGCGAUGUAUGGCACAAACAGCCACCCAUAGACCAGCCCCCUGGAGUUCCCCGGCGUCUGGCAAGACCAGAUCGUCAACCCGCCGACCUCCCCGGGGCGUCAACCAGCAGAGAUGGUCCCACGCUCCCGAGCCGCGGAGCGCCCCGUCCGCUCGUCCUGCAUCUGUUGCCAAACAUUUCAAUAAAGGCCGCCAGGCCCGUCACAUCUCUAAAAGAGCAACAAUCCUUCCCUUUCCCCGUGUUUGCAUGACUGAAGCAUGUCAAACUUCGCAUGGUCUUAUCCCUCCCGUCUCCCGCUAUUUGAUAAAGCGGGGGAGAACGGUGAGCGGAGCGCACAGGGAGCCGCCUGAACACGCCACGCCGUCCCCGGCUCUCCCUCUACUAUCUUCCCGCACCGCAACCAUAGAGAUGGGGCGCAUCAAUGAGCGUGGGCCGCUGGAUUUCUUUCACGCGUUACACAAAGCGGGAGCAUGGCGGAGGCCCUGCCGGUAUCUUACAAAUGCUCCAAGCGGAGCUGUCCGAUGCCAGCCUGGGUUCCCGCCCCAGGCGCCCCGGCUCUGGCUUCAGCACCAAGGUCAGCAGCUCGCGAGGCCCACCGCCGCCGGGUUUGCAGCCCCGAAGCGGCCGCCCGCGCUCUUUCAUUGGACGCCCCCUUCACAGCCCCUUCGCCGAGUCCUGAGUUCCCCCCAUCUCCCGAGGACAGAGGGCCGUCCCCUCAGGACGUGGUGCAGCCACUGAUGCUGUGCUUCCAGACGUGGCGCACUAUGCUGGGACCGCUUUCACCCUGGUUGUCCAGGACACUGAGAAGCAGUUAUGCCCUGCAGUUUGCCUGUUGUCCACCCCUCUUCAAUGGGAUCCUUUGUACGUGGCUCGCAUGCCCUGCGGGGGCGGCGGUUCUCAAGGCAGAAGUGACCUCGCUCCUCCACCGGGGUGCGGUAACGGAGCUGAGUGCGGAGGAGGCGCACUCGGGUUUUUAUUCACCCUACUUCUUGGUUCCCAAGAAGAGCGGAGGUAUGAGGCCCAUUCUGGACCUGCGGGUCCUAAAUGCUCAUAUAACCACCAGGAGGUUCCGCAUGCUGACGGUCAAACACCUCCUGGAGAGCGUCCACCCUGGGGACUGGAUGACCUCGGUCGACCUCGCGGACGCCUACUUCCACAUUCCCAUCCUGAGGAAGCACAGGCCCUUCCUCCGGUUCGCCGUGGGGACCAGGUAUUUUCAAUACAACCAGCUCCCCUUUGGCUACUCUCUUGCUCCCGCACCGUUACCAAGUGUGUCGCGGCGGCGCUGUAACCCCUCCGUCAUUGUGGGCUGAGGAUUCUCACCGACAUCGACGACUGGCUCAUAAAGGCGUCUUCUUAUCAGGAGGCAGUGGAGCACACAGCCCAGGUCCUGCACCACAUCAAACUCCUGGGGUUCAUGGUGAACCUUGACAAGAGCGUGCUCACCCCGGCUCAGAACAUGGCUUACCUGGGUUUGGAGCUAGACACGCUCUCUAUGACGGCCCGCCUAUCCAAGGACAGGCGAACCUCCCUCCUCUUGGCCGUGAGGUCUGCGAUGACCAAACCUCUGGUCAGGGUCCAUCUGGUCAGGACCGUCCUGGGUUUGAUGGCCGCGCCCCACCCAGUGGUUCGGUUGGGCCUUCUGCACAUGCGCAGGCUGCAGCGGUGGUUCUCACGCCUCCGCUGCUUGGGGAAAUGGGACGGACACAGACUGAUCUCGAUCCCGCCCCAGGCACAUCAGGAUCUCCUUUUCUGGAUGGAUCCUGCUCUCCUAAUGCAGGGAACCCCCCUGGACUGCGUAUCGAAUCACGUCGAGGUGUUCACGGAUGCAUCUCUCACAGGAUGGGGAGGAACCCUGGGCCAUCUCGCGGUUGGCGGGGCCUGGGAUUCCCUGCCUUCUCACAUCAAUGUGCUGGAAAUGACGCCGGUGCAGCGGGUUCUGCUCCAUUUCCAAGCCAGGCUGAAGGACAGCCAUGUGCUCGUCAGGUCGGACAACACCACGGUGGUGGUGUACCUGAACAGGCGGGGGGGACUCGGUCUCCCCCCUUCAUCACAAAGCGGCAGAGAUCCUGCUGUGGGCGGACCGGCACCUCGACUCUCUCAGAGCGCGACAUGUGUCCAGGGUCCUCAACGUCGGCGUGGACAGAAUGUCCCGGGGACAGCCCGACUCUCGUCCAGGUUCGGCCACCCAGUGGCAGACCUUUUCGCCAGUGCAGAGAAUGCACAGUGCCCACUCUGGUUCUCGCUCAGGUCGUCAGACGGACCCCCUCUCAGGGUAGAUGCCUUCGCACACAGUAGCUGGCUGGGGGGCCUCCUGUACAUGUUCCUCCAGCCCGCCUUUUAAAACCCCGUUGCUGUGCAGGGUGAGGAUGCAGAACCUCCACGUGAUUGUGGUGGCUCCGGACACCCUGAGUGCACGGUGGUUCCCGGACAUGGUCCAGCUAGCGGUUGGAGACCCGUGGCCGAUCCCCGACGGGCCCGAUGCGCUGCUGCAGGCAGGGGGCGCCCUUUGAUCCCGCCCUCUCCUGGGCGGGAGGCUCUUGGCUUGGAGGCUGAGAGGAUGAUAUUAGUGGAACUAGAACCCCCGGUGGUUUCCACCAUCCAGAGUGCCAGGGCCCCCUCCACUGUCAAGGCCUACAGGUCUCGGUGGCAGCUCUUCACCACAUGGUGCUUGGAGAGGGGUUUGGACCCUGUCUCCUGUGCUGUCGGUGGAAUUUUGGAGUUUCUCCAGUCCUGCUGGACAGUGAUCGCGCUGCAUCCACCCUGGCGGUGUUUGUAUCGGCCAUUGCAGAGGGUCAUGGGGGCUUUGGCCGCUUCUCUGCAUGUAGUCACCCGCUGGUGAAGUGGUUUCUGUGCGAGGCGUGUCAGCUACCUACGGCCACCCCCCAGGCAUGCGGUCUCCCCAUGGGACCUCCACACUGCGUUAGAGGGUCUUAAGGGACCCCCCUUUGAGCCUUUGGAGCAGGCGGCGGACCACUUUCUCUCCUUCAAGGCCGCCAUCUUGUUCGCGCUAGCAUCCGCCAAGAGAGUUGGGGAUCUCUGCGCUCUGUCAGUCCACCCAUCCUGCAUGGUGUUCAGCCAGGAUGGGGGUCUCGUGCACCUUUGGCCUAAUCCGGCUUUUCAUCCUGAGGUGAUCACCUCGGACUUUCAGUCGCAGGUGAUCCGGAUCAGGGGUCUAUUUCACCAAGCAGGUUUAAAGAAAACUCUGUGUUCAAUAACCCAGAAAUGAGGGAAACUCUGAGAUUUCCAUUACACAAAGGGGAGAGAACUCAAACCAGAAACAGAGCAACUCCAGCCUGUUCCACUAGGAGAGGUAACUUAAACUGUCGGUCAGUUACCACAGGAACACACUCUGUGACUCUAACCUGGUCGAAAGCAGGUUUUUCUCAGUCAACCAUGAAGUUUCUCUCUGGCUCCGAACCCUUUCAGCCACACUUGUUGUUCCAUUUCCUCAUUCUUUC